CGCUGGCGUGCGCCUACGUCGCGCAGUUGCGCGCUUAGAGCCACCACCACCUAGACUCUCUUCAGGCCUCUCCACAUGCAUGGAUGACGUCACCACACCUGGCCCUCGCACGCCUCGCGUCAUUGCGCGUCGCCCACAUUCGAGGAACGAGCGGGCAAGCAAGCAAGCACUGUCCCCGGGAGCAGUCAUCGAGACGGGGCAACGGCUUCUGCGCGAAAAAGUCAAACAUGAGGAAGCAAGACCUUCCCGAGACGUCACUGACCACGAGCUCGUACGAGACCGCGCUCACAUCGCUGUCCAAGAACCGCGAUGCGAAGACGCCGGCCACAGAGGCACCACAAGAGGACAGCACUCGCAUACUACCGGUGUCGCCGCGGAUCUCUCUCUCUCUCCCAGAGGCACCACAAGAGGACAGCACUCGCAUACUACCGGUGUCGCCGCGGAUCUCUCUCUCUCUCCCAGAGGCAUCACAAGAGGACACCACUCACAUACUACCGGUGGUGUCGGCGCGGAUCUCUCUCUCUCUCCCAGAGGCACCACAAGAGGACACCACUCACAUACUUCCGGUGGUGUCGGCGCGGGUCGCGGAAACCGCACCCGAAUGGACCCUGUUCCCGGAUACUGCUGACCAGACAGCCGAAUUCAAGCCUGCCGUCAAGGUGCCCAGCGACGAGUGGCUGCCGGAACGUCUGUCGCAGCUGGGCAUACCGCACACACCGCCAGACGGAGGCAGUUCGGAGGUCGAACCUGCUCACGGAAUCUCGGGAGAGGAACCCACCGAGAAGCCCAGCGGCGGCGAUCAGACGGGUGGCAGUCGGAGCCCGGAGGGCAGCAUUCGUCCCACCACACCGGGUCAGAAGGUCGCGGGCCAAAGCGAGGGCUUGAGCUCGGCCUCCACGGCGAAGGAACGAGGCGAGAGAGGAGCCACCUCAAGCCCGACCCGUACACACGAGAGAGACGCAGCGCUCAGCGAGGCGACAGCGGGGUCCCCACGAGGAACAGAACCCAGUGUCCAGGCAACGUUUCACACCGCAGCCACGUCCCCGUUCUGCGUGCACAGCGCGACAUCUGACGAGAAGAGACCCCACGAGGACUCGGCAACCGAGCCCAAGGUCGAGUCCCCGACUCAGCGCAGUCCGGCCACCUCGUCUCAUUCUCGACCUUCGCCGACCAGAAGCAGGGACAAGGAGAUUUUCGAGCUGGACGACGAGCCUGACGACGGGCCCAACGCUAAACGGUCCUUCGGCGGCAGACUAGUGUUCGCGGGCGCUGUUACCGUGGCGGUACUUCUUCUGGCCUUGAUGUCCUUCGCCCUCGUCAAGUACAUGCGGAACCGCAGCCUACCAGUGGCCAAGGGCCUGUUCGGCACCGUGCGCGGACAGCGGCUCGUGGUCAGCGACCAAGGGCGCGAGUGGGCGGUGCUUGCCUUUCUGGGUGUCUCGUUUGCCAAGGUUCCCCGGGGACCUGUGCGCUUCAAGCCGCCGCAACCGCUGGUCUCACCACUCGGGGAGGACCAGAGCGGCAGCACGCAGGACAACAUGGUCAAGGGCCCGCCCUGCCCACAGCAGGACUUCUAUCUGGGCCAGCACCAUGUCCGCACCGACAACGCCAGCGAGGACUGCCUACACCUCAACAUCUGGUCGCCCGCGCUGAACUGCUCGCCCGGCCACGAGACGGGCUCCUGCGAAGCGAAGACCGUCCUGUUCUUCCUGUACGGGGCGGCUUUCCAGAACGGCGGAAACAGCUACGAGCUCUACGACGGCCGGUACCUGUCCGCCCUGGGCGACCUGGUGGUGGUCGUGCCGAACUACCGCGUCGGGGCGCUGGGCUUCCUCAGCGGCCCGUCGGCCAACACGUUGCCGGGCAACGUCGGCCUGCACGACCAGCGGCUGGCGCUCUCGUGGACGCUGGCCAACAUCGAACAAUUCGGCGGCAACGCGUCCCGCCUGGUCCUGGCGGGUCACGACGCCGGGGCGACGUCCCUGGGCUACCACCUGUUCAGCGGGGACUCCGGCUUCUGGACGCGCAGCGUCACUCGCUUCAUCCUGCAGAGCGGGGGACCCUUCCACAGAUACAAGAAUGACGGCGAAGACGGGGCCGUUCACUUGGCCACCAGCCUGCACUGUCCCGCGGACCUGGUGACCGACGCGUCACUGCGGUGCCUGCAGGACGCGUCUGUCGACGCGGUCGCCCGCAGCAAGGUGGCGCCCAGGUUCGUGCCAGUGUUCAACAGGGCGCCGCUGACGAGGCCGCAGAUACGGCGAGCGCUGGACAAGACGGCCCCGUGGAACGUGACCGGGCCGCAGGGCAAGGAGUUUCUGCUGGGCCGGGUGGCGCGGGAGGGCGCCUACCCGUGGUUCCUGGAGCAGCAGCGCUCCGGCAUUGGCGACCCCCAGCAGCUGACCGCGAGCCUGGUCGACUACGAGGUCCUGGAGCGCUGGCAGAACGCCACGGGCAUCGCGCUGGACUCGGCCGCCGCCGACGCGACGUACCAGGAGGCCGUCGGGGACAUCCUCGAGGCGUGCCCCAUGUCCGAGCUGGCCGAGCAGCUGUACGCGUGGAAGAACCGCGUGUACGCCUACGUGCUGGCAUACCGGCCCACGUACUCCGGCUGGACGGACGAGACCGAGGCCGUCCACUUCGAGGACGUGGAGCUGGUGUUCGGCGUGCCGCUCAGGCCCGGCGCGCCCUCUGGCGAGCUCGACAAGCAGUGGUCCAGGACCAUGAUACGCGUGUGGUCCACGUUUGCGCGCACGGGGAGAACGCCCACGCUGAUGACCACCAAGUGGCCGGAAUUCGACAUGCUCCGACUCGCCACCAUGAAGCUGGGCCCCAAGCAAGUCACCGGCCAGCGGGACCCGAAGUGGCAGCGCUGCCGGGCCUUGCGAGACUCGAGCGCCACGCCUUCGUUGAGUUGAGGGGAGGCCAUCCGGCCGGCCCACGUCCUCCGAGAUCUUCAACGGAGGCCGUCGAUUUCGGAGGCCAUAUAUAGAUCAUUUUCGACGCGCACAAACCACGUGAUUCGGCGUCGACCUCUCGGCUGCUCGCUUUCAAUCUACGUCACACGUGCAGUUGGUCGCGCAAGCGAGUCGAAGCGCUCGUGCGCGCGCAGAUAUUAAAAGGUCAUUUGCAU